AGCCGAUAUAAACUCACACACUGACCUACUUCAGCAGAAGAAGAAGGACGCAGUCAGACUCAGAGGACCGCCAAACGCUUUGACUUUUAGACUUCAGGUAAACUUUACGGUUUGAUGAUUUCUUCAUGCAGAGUUUUGCUUUCAGUUUUAAAGAAUCUUGUUGAACUGGAUUGAAAUGAGGAGGUUUGCAUGUAACUGAAGCUGAAAAGAUGCAGCUGCAAACUUCGUAAGAUCUCUGUCUUUUGAAUUUGGCUCGUGUGUAUUUUUAACCAGCUGAAAAUCAAUCUAUCUAGUAUGAUAACAGAGUGAUUUUGACCCUGCUGAGCCUCCAUAGAAAGAUUGUGAGGAGUCAGAGCUGCAGGGAAACUUUGACGCACUCUUGGGAAACACAAGAGUCAAGGUAAAGUUUAUUACGAGCAGAGUUUAGUCAAAGUUUCAGCUUCACUGUAAACUAUUUGCAUAGAUCAUGAGACCCUGUUAUUUUAAACCAUGUGAAACAUCCCUCGGGUCACACUUUACUCUGCUUGAAAUCAGUGUGUGUAGGAAGGAGCAGCUGAGAGCAGCCGGCCUCAAAGUUAAAGCAGACUCUUGAACGUUGGUGUAGUUUAUCAGGUCAGAGGUUGUUACUGGAACCAGAGCGCAGAAAUGCAGAUUAGAAACAGGACGUCAUAAAGAACAGAGACACACGGGCUGGAGGUGAUGGAUGACAGAUGGCAGGAAAACAGAUGAGCAAAAAAAAGGGGGAAAAGUUCAGGGUCUGUGAGUGUCCGGGGUGAGGAUGUGAAUCCCUGAUGAGAGAGAGGAAACUUUCCAAACUUGUAAAUAAAAAGUUUUCCUCUUCAGUUCAACAAGUUUGGACUUUUUAUCUGGUAUGUUUACGUCUAACCCGUCAGCGUGUUUUUUCAGAGCAGCAUUUUUCUGACCACAAGUAUGUGAGUUUCCCCUCCUCGUUCAGAUAUCUGUGUCCUGGAAAAACCGGUUUCAGCCUCCGAGUUAUCACAUGAGUGAAAAGAAGUGAUUGAGAUUAUCAUGUGAUAGAGGAGCAGCCACCUGAAGCCUUUAAACACUGAUGUUUCCUCCUGUCAGAGCUCCUGUGAGGAGGUUUCACCAGGUCACCUCCAAAGACCGCAGUGUUGCAUUCAGGGUCUCUCUUAAAGGUGUAAUUAGUGCAAAAUAAAAGUUCCUCAUGGAAGCUUUAGGUUCCUGUAAAUCUGAAGUGUAUUAAUGUGUCGUUGUUGUUGUUGUUGUGUUUUCAGGAUGUUGCAGUGUGUGUGCGUGUUGCUGCUGGCAGCUUCAGCUCUGAGUCAUCUGGACGAAGUCACUCUGGACGCUCAGUGGGAACAGUGGAAGGUCACACACGGGAGAGAGUACAACGGCCUGGUGAGUGUCUGCGAGUCUGCGAGUGCACCUCAGAAUGUCUGUUUAAAAUAAGAGAUCAGCAGGUUUAGAUCUACAGGAGCUGAAAUACUCAUAAAAAAGAUAGUAAAACAUUUGACGGUAUCGGCUGCUUUUCGCACCUGAACUUCUUGAUUUAGUUUAAAUAAGAAUUAAAGAAACAGAAAUUAAAAAAACUAGACUGCAUAAGUAAAGUCUAUUAUCUUAAAGCUGAAGCACAUUACAAAAAAAACAGUAAAUCUGAAGAAUAAAUCGCGGAUUACUCCUUUAUUGUUGUUGUUCAUUGGUCAAAGCUUUCAUGAUUAAAAUCCUGAUUUACUUCUUUAUUGAUCAGUUUUGGUUUAAUGCUGAGGACAGUUUUCACUUCAUUUAAGAGAAAACACGUUACACAACUUGACUUGACCCGAAACAGGAAGGACAGGCGGAUAAAACCGUGACUCAGUGUGUUUAACGACAAAUCCAAGUCCUUUUCCUGUCAAUUAUCUCAGUUUGAUAAUACAGCUUAGUUCACGUCCUAAAUCAAAGUGAGUCGACCAAGUUUUCAUCCUACAAAAGAGAGUCAAUCAGAGCUGCUUUUACUGAGAAGAGAUAUAAGCAGCUGUAAAAGUUUUAAAGUUAAAUGACGGAGAAACUCUGCAGUGAUUUAUGGAAACAUUCACACAGUUUGUCCUGCUUUCUUUUCCCUCUCUCGUCGUCUGAACACGUGUUCGUCUUUGUGUUUGACUCAGUGUCUCCAGCUGACUCGAUAAACAGUCCGUCUGCUCUCUGUCAGCUGUCGCCCGUCUCUGUUACCUGACGUCGACGUCGUCAAACCUCGUUUAGUCUCGAUUUGUUUAAAGCGAAGUUUCGUUUCCUCUGUUGGCCGAAAAGACAGGAAUGGAGGAAAAUAGGCCGACUUUACCUUUUAAUUAGCUUGUCUGUGUUUCAGCCUCAUUUCAUGAAUUAGGCCGAUGAAAUCAGUGCAGGUCCACACAGCCGGCUCCCUCUGAACAGAGCUACACUGAACAUCUAUGUUUGUAUCUCUAUGUGGGUCAGCUCUAGGAGGAUGUCGCUCAUUUGUAUGCAAAUUGUCGACAUCCAUAACAAUAUGAGAUUGAGAUACAACCAAGCGCUCCGUUAGUGAACUAAAAAAACAUCCAUUUUCUACUUGGUAUUCGGGGUCUUUAUAUCCAUUAGCAUGGCCAUAAUCAUUACGUCUCUCUCAGUUUCUAUUCCAGUAAUGGAAAAUGUAAAUGAUGUGAGGGACUUUGAUUCAAUUAGAGAGAUGUCGGUUCAAGGAGGGUUGAAUUAAAGGAGGACUGAUUAAAAUCACCAUAAAAGAGAGAGAGGAGGAGAGGGCGUCUUUUCUGCUGACUGAACAGGAAUGUAAAUAACACUAACGAUCACAUGAGUCCACACACUCCAAUAAAAACACACAUCUGCACCCAGAAACACACACACACACAUGCACACAGCUGUGGCGACCUCUACCCGGAGGUGAACAGAUGGCGAGGAGGUGAAUCUGCAGACCGCCGAGGUUCAGCACCAACUUUCUUCUUCUUCUUACGCAGCAGAAAUAAAAACUUAAACCGGGAAAUUUGCCAAAGAUGAAACUAAAAAAAUGAAGAGUAGAGGGGUCGGGGGGUCUCCGCUGAUGGGACUCUUUAACACCUGGCUGCUGUAUGAGCAAACAGCCCUCGAACAGUGAGAGUUAACCCCAAUUAAGAAGAAAACCAGCGAGCCGGGGGGAGAAAUGUUUGUGGUUUUUACUCGGUUAAACCCAAACGGACUUCCUGAAUCAAAGGAAGUAAACAGCGUUUGGCAGAAGUGGGUCCAGCCCGCCUUUUUGAAAAUGAACUUUCUCGAGUAACUGGCGGAGGAUCAGAGUCACUGUAAAGUCUCAUUGUGCGUGGCCUGCUUUACUUUCCCAUCCUCUCCUCUCCGACUCCAUCUGUCUCCGUUCUCUGGGGCCAAAACAUGAAGUAGAGCAGCCAGCGCAGAACCGGCCCGAUGUUAUUUCAUGAGGUUUCAGUCCGUGUGGUCGGCCUGAAACAGAAGAACGUGAUGGUAUGACGGCGUUAAAUAUUUACACUGAUUGAUAAACGCCAUCACCACUUCCUCUGACUGUUUCUCUCUGAUACUUUUCACGUCUGCAGCUGUUCAAACACUCGACUUUAUCGGGUCAGAACCUCAGAACGUUCAGGUACACACCUCCACCUGUUGACACUGUGGCAAAAAUCUGUGUGGGUACUUUGACAUGACCGCAAAAAACUGAUCAAUCGUGCAAAUCCACCUAAAAAUAAAAGUGUGAUCGGGUUUGCACAAAGUUGAAGAGUGAAAAUGUAGAGGAAGAAAAAGAAGUAGUUGUAGUAAAAGUAGAAGAAGAAAUAGAAGAAGAGAAGAGGUAGUAGUAAAAGUAGCAGAAGAAGAAGAAGAGCAGUAGUAGUAGGAGUAGUAGAAGUAGUCGUAGAAGUAGUAGUAGUAGUAGAAAAAGAAGAGAAGAAGUAGUAGUAGAAGAACAAGAUAAGUAGAAUUAGUAGUAAAAGAAGUAGUAGAAGAAGAGAAGAAGUAGUUGCAGAAGUAGUAGUAGAAGAAAUAGAUCAAGAAGAGAAAAAGUGGUAGAAGUAGAAGAAGAGAAGUAGUAGAAUGAGAGAAGAAGUAGUAGAAGAAGAAGAAAAGAAGUCGUAGAAGUAGCAAAAGAAGAAAAGAAGUAGAAGAAGAGAAUAAGUAGCAGAAGUAGUAGAAGAAAAAGAGAAGAAGUAGUAGAAGAAGAAGAAGAAAAAGACUGUGUUGGAGUCAGAUUAUCUCACGUAUAUCGACCCCUAUAAUACCACAAGGCUGAUGAUCGGUCUACCCUCCUCACAGCCUCAGAUCCUCAUCCAGGACUCUUCUGGGCUCUUCCAAAGUCAUGACCUCUCUCUCUGUAGCUCGAUGUGACUCUUCUUCUACCUCUUCUUCUACCUCCUCGCUCUGAUUUACCGUUAUUCCUGUUUUUAUUAAAGCUGCUGUUUCAUCUCAGUUCUUUGAUUGAAAGUGACUUUUGUUGUUGUCGGUUUCAGGGUGAAGAGGAGAUCCGCCGGGCCAUCUGGGAGAAGAACAUGAGGAUGAUUGACGCUCAUAACCAGGAGGCGGCGUUGGGCAUGCAGUCCUACGAGAUGGGCAUGAACCACUUUGGCGACAUGGUGAGUCUGAGACGGGUCUGCGCGCUCCAGGCUCAACCUGAGCGACGCCAGACCACCUGAUAUCAGCUCUUUAGAUCCAGACCGAGUCUUUUAGAGUCCACUUUAACCUCAGCUGUGGUUUCUGGUUGUUGUCCUGCGGCUCGCUCAGGUCUUUAAAUCAUCUGCAGGUCCGGGACACGGGUUUCAGAGCGGGUCAUUACUGAUGUCUGUUUAUGCGUCAGGAGUCCGUGUAAAACGCCGUAAAUCAACCAGGGGGCGGAGAGUCAAAGACGUCAGAUCCAGCGUGUGAUACUUUGGUUAAUUUCUCAGUGACAGGAACGUUUACGCACGUUCGGAUCAGAACAAACAGACGGAUUUAUGGUUUUUGGAGGAACAGGUGGCAGGAAGCUUUCAGCAGAAAUGAAAGAAAUGAGCAGAUGGGUCGUUUUUCUUUAAUUAAUCAUCUUCCUGCUCAAACAAUGAGCCGUCAUAAAAGCUCUCAGGUCUUCAGAUCGUCAAAACUAGGAGGAUUUCUCUCUUAAUAACUGCUAAUACCAGAUAAUCCUGCUCCACCCUGCAGAGAAACAGGACUCUGUCUUUUUAAUUCCUCUUUUCUUCCUACAGCUUCAUUAUUUUCUUCCUCUUCUUCCUUUUUUCUUUUGUGUUUAUUGACUGUUUUAACUUUUAGUCACCCCUCUGGUUCCUCUUCCUGUCAGGAAAAUGACGUUUAAAUAAACCGUGUUAAACUCUUCUCUUCAUGCUGAAUCAGAUCCUCCCUCUCUCAUGUCUCCUUUUCUUGUUCCUGUCCCAAAACAUUUUAAUCUCUGGAGAUUAUUCAACCGGGAAAGGUUUCACACCGUCUAAUGUCAGAGGGCGACGACCUUCAUCCUCUGACUGCUGCGAGAAACGCUUGUGAUCGAGAAACUCAUCCUGCUGCAGCUGCACCAGAAACAAAAAACAAGAACUUCAAGUCUUUUUUUUUAAUGAGUGAAAUAUUCCUCUCUUUUCAUGCAGACAUCCGAGGAAGUGUCCGAGAAGAUGACCGGCCUGCUGGUUCCUGAUAACCGAGAUCCGAGCCUCACCGUGGAUCUGGACGACGGGCAUGUGGGGGCGAUACCAAGAUCUGUCGACUACCGCAAGAAGGGCAUGGUGACCUCCGUGAAGAACCAGGUCAGAGAUCAUUCAGUUCAGAACUAAAAACUGCAGGAGAUGGUCAAAACCGAGUAAAACUGUGCUGCACGAUUGCAUAAUGACUACUGUUGAUAAAGACGUUUAAAGCUCCUGUAAGGAACUUUUACCUCCUGAUCUGAAGUGACUCCAUCCUGUGCAUGUUUCGGUCAUGCUACUAUCUCAUCCUACUGGCUUUUGGAAGUCAAAUGUGUCUCAUGGUGAAAGUUAAUGAAGAAAAUUUAAUUUCUUUAGACUCUUAGCCCUCUUGAAUCUGUUUCAGGGAUUAAAAAUGACAACUAGCGAUGUUUCGUCUUGUCGCAGGUGGUUUUGUUUGAUUUUUUUAGAUCAUAAGGAAGUAUCGGCGUCAGUUACAGUCUGUUAAAAACUCCCGUCAGGAGCUUUAAUUCAUGAUAGUAAAAAGUCCUCAUGCUCAGGUCGACCGUGCACUGACUGAAAAAGGUUCAACUUUUCACGUUAACCUGUAAAUGUGGCGCUGCAGGUCGGAUUAAAACUCCUCCACAGUCGUCAUUUAAAGGACAAACAAUCUGCCUAACAGAAGGAGAACAUUUACGACACAUAUUCAAAAAUUAUGGCUGUGACAGUGUUGUGAUAUCCAAACCUUUCAUCUGCAUAAUUUCAGACAAAUUAAAAGAGUCUUUGAGAGAAUUACAGUCCUAAUUAGUCCAGGGACACUUCACACAGAAACAAAGCUCUCAGCCCACAUUCAAAAGCCUUUUUAUGAAAAUGCACCAAAAAACUGUGAGUCAGUGUUGUGGUGGGCUUUCAUUCAAACACCACGCUGAAAAUAAAGAAGGAAUAAAGCUUCAGGAAAAAUACCUGAAAACAUUCCUUCAUGCUCGGGAGAAUAAAAGGACAGAAACCGUCAUGUAGGCAGCUGGAGGAGACGCUCUGUUCUUCUCACUGCUAAUGGACUUUCUGACAUGAAAAGACGCUUUCAUUAAUACAUGUAAUUAGUCAGGAUGAGUGGGAUGAACAGCAGGCUUUUAUUGACGUAAACAAGGCUGCAGCAGAGCAGACAGGACAUAGAUUCAGAUAUGGGGAUGCAUCUGUGCUUUUACUGCCAGCAGGCAGAGCGGCGGCGGAACGAACGAACAUACAGAGAUGAAACUGCAGGACGUUUAGACUUAACCUUAAGGCGUAGAGCUUUAAACUUUAAAAUCAAGAUUUAGAGUUUUUGACUUUCAUAUUUGAUGUUUUCUAAACUGAUAAAAACACUUGCGAUCACUUAAACAUGUAUUUACCAUCAAACUUUGCAAUAUCAGAACUGAAAUUUAUUAUUUAUCCACCAAGGGAGUCGAAUUCAGCCUGUUUAUGAUAACAUUUAAGAAUCAUAAUACUCAAAAAUACUUAAAAUGACUGUAUUUUGUGUUGAAAUGCAAAAGGAUUAUUCUCUAAAGUGGCACCACUUAGAUCCUCUAUGUUUUAUAAGGUAAAUUAGAUGCAAAAAAAACGUGACAAAGUGUUUUUUUUUUAAGUUAAAGCUGCCAAUGAAAGUGUUUGUUUUUAAUCCUACUAUUUGUUAAAAGUAAAGUUCAGUUUAUUUGAUAGGUUUUUUAUUAGUGAAUGAUCAUUUUUAUGCUCAUAAAGAUCAACAAGGCGUCUUUACCUAAAAUAUCACUGAAUAUAUUGUUUUGUUUUUUUUUUCUUUUGACAAACUCAAUAUUUCCAGUGUUUUAUUGUGUCCCAGUUUACAAAAGAGCUAAAGUUAACUAAACUAAACUAACUAAACCUGUAUGGUUUGUGUGCGUCCAGGUAUUUGACCUUCCGUUCGCUCAUACUAACUUUUGUCCAUGAAUAACAAACUGUUUUUUUCUACUUAAUUGACCUCCAUCUCUGUCUGUUAUGAUCUGAUGCCAGAUGAAGUGACCGCAGAGCCUUAAAUUCUAUGAUUUUGUCAUUAAUUACAAUUUAAAAGCACCAGAAACUGAAAAGUUUUUUACAAGAUACAAAAAAAAGUUUUAAAAAUUUCCAAGGAACUGAACUCCAGUUUCACAGUAAUGUGAUUCACAUUCUCCAGCAGGUUGAUCCAGUUAGUUUACUGACCUUGUAGAUUUUCUUAUCACCGAAAUAGCAGAGGAAAUUCCUGCACGUCAUUUUGACUCGGCUAAAAAAGCCACAAAAAAGUCCGACAUUUUCAGAUAAAGGUUAAAACAGGCCGACGAAUGAUAAAAAAAACAAAAGUGAAAAAUGUGAAUAAAGAAACAGUUUCAGUCCACCUGAGUCAAGUUUCAUGACCUGAAGUAACUAAUUAUUCUUCACCCUUACCCCCCCAUCUCACUCCAGAGUUAGUUUAAAACUUAAGAGCCUGAAAAUCUGCUACAGGAUUAAAAAAAAUACACAAAAUAGGAAAAAACAAAAUAUGCCUCGUCAUGCUGCUAGCCUCUAGCUUAAAUCUCUUCUAGCUAACACCUGACAGGAUUCAAAGGUUUUAAACCGAACGGACUUCAGUAACUCUGAUAUUCUUGAGGUUAUAACUUCAUAAAAAUCAAAAACAUAAUAUUUAUGAACAAACUGUGUCCAGAGCAACAAUCCUGAGAGGUUUACACCACAAAAUCAGCACUUAAGGAAAUGAACUCUUUAUGUGUCGGUAUCACUAAACAACCAGGAGAGGGCAGAAAGAAAACAAACUAAACUUAAUGAUGUUAAAGGUGAAUCUUAAAGGACACAACAGUUAGUGAGAGCAACCUUAAAUUUAAUGACAUUUUCUACUUUUCACAAGACGUACAGGUGGAUGUUUUCAGGCAUUUAACACCUUCAAUAAUAUUGACUGAAAACAGGUUUAGGGGUUAAAAGUGUUAGCAUGAGUUUAUCACCAGAGAUAACAGCGAGAUUUCCUGUCAAUCCAACACCAGCCUCUAUAAAGUGGGUUUUAUCGCCCUCUGGUGGCUGAAAUCCAAACUGCGUCCAUAAAGAGGAUUUAUUGAUCUGCUGCUCAGCCUCCUGUUGAAUUAUGCAGCAGCCUGGCUUCACUCUCUGAAUACUAACAUCCCUCUGCUUCCUCCCCAGCAGCUCCUUUUAUCAAAACUCAAUACUGUUUUCAUGUUCUGUUUGUUCGAGGCCAAUUUUGACUUUCUCCACAGCUGCAUUCAAAACAUCCCCCAGUGAGCGGAUGUGAUUACACAUUUACAAAGAUUUUAAUGGAGCGGCUCGGAAUAAAAAGCCUCAAACUGUUUUUCUGAGUGAUGAACGAGGGGGAGAUGUGAUCAGAGAGUCGACCAAAGACCGGCUGAGUCUCAUUAAUACAUGACUGACAUGUUCCUCUGAGUCAACGCUGAAAUAAUCCAUUUUUGAUGCACAUUAUAACACUCAAAAAUCAGCUCUGUAUGCAGACCUGACGGCUAUUCUUCAUUUAUUUAUUGGAUUUAACUGUUUACUGACGCAUUAACCCUUUCAUACACAGUAGUUUCAACAGAGAACAGUAAUUUAAAUGCUGUUUCCUGCUAAAUGCAUGAGCUUUGAUAGGAUGGGUGCGUACAAACCACUCAAUAAAUGUUAAUAAGUCACCGUGUACAUCGCCAUCUACUGGCCAGCUUUUCCACAUGUACCAAAUAUUCCUCAAAAUUCAAACAUCAGACAGUCAAAGCUGUCAAAAACAAAUGACCAUGAAUCAUCUGUAAAAAAGCGCAGUCAGUGUUAAUAUAAAUACUUUAGUGCAUUAGAUAUGUUAUUGAGGAGUAAUUUGCAGGUUCAACUUUAGAAAAAAACAUUAUUUUAAAAAUGUAAUUUAAUCACUUUUAUUAGAGAAGAGCUUUAGGUGGAUAAAAGAGGAAUCAAGCCAUCAAAAACUGCAACAAAAAAAGCUUUAUGGUAUCACUAACACAAGCAGAAAUGGCAAACAAACCCCUCUACAUAUAUCGGGGCUGUUUUUAAGUAUCUGAAAUUGUCGCGUCUUCGUCUUUAAUCUUGAUUAAAGAUUUGAGUUUGGAUGAUAAAAAUAACUUUAUCCUGCUUUUUGACAUUAAAAAAAUACUCUUGAAUCAGAACAUCUGUAUGAAACCAUAAUUUUAGUAAAUCAUAAGAGUCAGCCCCCCCGGUCAAAAAAGUCUGGACACGCCCCUGCUUCAAGGUACAAACUACAGAGAUGGUUUUCAUGUCCUGAAGUGAGUUUUGUCUGUAAUUAUGAUGUUUGUUUUAAUCUGACAUCAAACAGUAGUCAUCCUCCUCCUCUUCCCACCAUGCACUGCUCUGACUGCUGUGUUGUCAAAGUCUGCCCCCUGGUGGACAGACAGGAGAAGACAAAAACUCCUCUUCCUUGUGUUUUUUCCACGUCUCAUUAAGUAAUCAGUCUGAUUCCCCUCGGCUGAUGAGGUCUGUCAUGUUAACAAUUUGAUUUUAUCAGCUCAUUAUUUUCAGGAUUAAUCGCUGGAAUAAAAAAUGAACCCGAAUAUUGAAAAAUGUCAUUUUUCCCCUCAAGCUCGAGGCGCUGUCUUCAGAUCGUCUUUAUUGAUUUACUGACAACUCAAACCCUGCAGACUUUCUGUCAGUAACACUUCAGAGAAAGUGGAAAUCUUCUUAUCUGAGAGAGUAAAACUGGGACAUAUUUGCUUCUUCUUAACGACAUCAAAACAAUUAACCACAAAUAUAGAAUUAAUAUCUAUUUAUACUAAUACUAUUCUGGUUGAUCUUGAUUUGUCUCCCUCUCUUCAGGGCUCCUGCGGCUCCUGUUGGGCCUUCAGCUCAGCCGGCGCCCUCGAGGGUCAGCUGGCCAAGAAGACGGGUCAGCUGAUCGACCUCAGUCCUCAGAACCUGGUGGACUGCGUGAAGGAGAACGACGGCUGCGGAGGAGGAUACAUGACCAACGCCUUCAGCUAUGUGCGGGACAACGGAGGCAUCGACUCUGAGGAGACGUACCCCUACGUCGGAGAGGUGAGACCGACACACGAGUCUUUAUCGUCGUCUUAAAUCUUGCUGACAGAUGCUGGGAUUUUCUACUUUUCUACAUUUUUGUUCACCACAUUUUUGAGAACUUUUUGUUCCUUUUUUCACUCAUGAUCUCAUUUAUUUCCACGCACGUGAGUUUCAGUUCUGAUGCAGCAAACCACGACCUAAACCUCCGAUUACAAAAUACUCCUCUGUGAUGAUCGGGAUAAACCAACAAUGAGGAACUGCAUUUCCCAGAAUUCUUUGACAGUGCAGAGGAAGUACAGUGUUGCAGGUUUUGUCCUGACGUUUGGCCCAACUUUGUUUUUCCUUUCUGUCUCAAAAAGCAGAAUUUGUUGAGUUCAUGUCCACUCCCAGAAAAGUUGCAUGUAGAUGAGCUGCACACACAGAGUGAAACCGAAGCGGUCAACAGUUCCUCUUUUAGUUGUUCAGGAGGUCACAUCCAACCAGUCAUUUGUAAGAACAGGACAGAGACGUCAAUGAGUUAAAGAUUUAUAUUAAUCACACAGAGAUGAUGUUUUAUGGAAAUAUUAUCAGAGUCUCUUUGCCUCCUAAACUCACAGCAGUAAUAUUUAACCGAGUACAGAUGAUUUACCAGAAGUUAAAAGUCCCUCUUUGUCCUCCAAAACAAACAUGAGUUCCUCUUUAGGGAACUUACUGCGAAUAAAGGAAGUACAACUGCUUCCUGGUGAUAAAAACAAGCUGUGUCAUUAUUAUUUCAUACCAGGAACGAGCAGAGAUUAGAUUUUAAUGUCAUGUGAUGUGACGGUAAAUAUCACAAGUAUUUAGGGUUCAAUCAAAGUUACUGUUUCUGCAGCGUUGACGACAUAUUUUUAACCUACGUUUAACAAAAAAGAGAUGACGAGACGAACGUUCACGGACAGAGAUUUUGAUGGUUUUAAACUGUUUGAGUCUCAUUGAAUUAAAAAUAACACAACAUAGAAAAACACAGUUUGGUAAAAAUGAAAGUUUAUUUUAAAUUUAAUGGCAGUAACGCAUUAAAUGACAUAAAAACACAAAACGUUCUCAAACAAAACAACAAAAAGUUCUUUAAUAAAAACAAAAUAGUUUGACUUACAGUGUUACCUUAAGUUUAGUGUUCAACUUACUUCAGUAAAAGAAACAGAAAUGCUGCAAAUCCUCAUUUAUUUCGGAACCUUAGACAAAAGUUAACUUUUUAGUGUUGAACUUUUAAGUCAGAACAUAAAGAAAGAAAAACAAAAUCUUGACCAAAAUUUCAAGUGGUGUUCAGUAUUCAAGAAUAAGAUUUUUGUAAUGUGCUUAUUUCGCUCUUUUUAUAUGAGGAGUCUUUAAUCCUUCAGAUCUCAAACCUGUGUGAUCGAGUGUUGUGGUUCUGAAAUCGUCUCAAUCUUUAUUUUUCAUCUCCAGGUAUCAGAAGUUUAGAUUUCCGACCUCUUAACCUCUCAUCUUUCUCGCCUGCAGGACCAGCCGUGCCGCUACAACUCCACAGGAAUGGCCGCUCAGUGCAAAGGCUACAAGGAGAUCCAACAGGGCAACGAGCACGCCCUGGCUGUGGCGCUGUACAAAGUGGGUCCGGUGUCUGUGGGCAUCGACGCCACGCUGAGCAGCUUCCAGUUCUACCAGAGAGGUCAGUGAGACACUCGGUUAUCCUCUCAGUCGAUGAUGUAGAGACGAAGAUAACGUAGAUAACAUAGAUAACGUAGAUAACAUAGAUAACGUAGAUAACGUAGAUAACAUAGACGUUGAUGAUGUCGCUGAAACCUUGAAAACUUUGAUAUUCGGAGCGUUUGUCUUGGUCAUAAUUUUCUGAAAGUGUCGGUCUGUUGCUGUCCAUCUUCUUCUUCCUCACUCUGUCUUCGUCUCUGCCGUGUGCUCAGGUGUUUACUACGACCCCACCUGCAACAAAGACGACAUCAAUCACGCCGUGCUGGCAGUGGGCUACGGAGUCACCGCCAAGGGGAAGAAAUUCUGGAUCGUGAAGAACAGGUGGGUCACGUCACCUGUCUGCCAGCAUCAGGUGGCUCAUUGAGCCGCCAAAAUGAAACGACAGCUUGUUGUUGAUUUGAGAUGAAACGCUGUUCGACUCCCGGCGACGCUCGACGACUCUUUCUGUCUUUCAAUCUCUGACGGCGUCUCCUUUUCUGUUCCCUGACAGCUGGGGCGAGAGCUGGGGCAAGAACGGCUACAUCAUGAUGGCACGAAACCGCGGGAACCUCUGCGGCAUCUCCAACCUGGCCAGCUACCCCGUCAUGUGAAGAGAAGAGCGAGGAUUUCAGAGGAAGACGAGGGAGAACGAAGACUACUGCAAACAGAAACGUACAAAAAGUUCAUCCUAACAUAAUAACAGCGACCACUACACACCACAGCCGAUGAUUUCAGCCUGUUGACACGGACAUUUUCAGAAUGAGGAACUUCAUUUACGUCUGAAGGAAACUUUGCUGCUGAAGGGAGAUUGUGAUAGCUUCAGUUUCUUCUUUUUAACACGGUUUGUUUGUUUAAAGAUUAACGGUUUUAAUUUGGUGGCAGGAGACAUUGCUGGACGAUGGGAGCUCCUCCCUCCUGUUGAUGCAGUCAGUCUCUCCAAACUCUCGUUUCUCUCGAUCACGUCGACUUUUGUCAUUGUUGUUGUUUUUCUGUGAAGCACUUUUCUGAUGAUCAAAAACUGUAAACUGAUGUUUUCUAUGAGGUUGAAUAAAGGUUUCAUUUUGAAUGCAGCG